UAUCUGAAAUAGAGGUCAAUGGACCUUCGAUAGAGACAGUGGCUUUAACCUUGGUUUUCUUCUUGAGGUUGGUGCCGUGUGUAAAAGAUGAUGAUGGACAACAUUUUGAAAAUGAAUUACUUUGGCUAGGGAACUUACCAUUUUGUAUAGUGGCAAUGCUUGUAAUUCGAUUAAAAAAUGUUAUCAAACCACCUAGUGUAAAUAGGAGGGCUUUUCCUAGAAUAUAUAUGGUUGAUUGGGCCUAAAAUAAAAAGAAUGGUAAGUUUGUCAUGUGACUCAUGUUGCACCUCAAUAUGUGAAAUAAUAUUUCCUAUUUCCAUUCAUUUUUUCGAUAUUAAGUAUGCACUAUUCUCUAAUGCAGGUUUGUCAGCUACAGGAGUCAUAUACAGUGAUUCUAACGGGACAUCUCACCGGGGUAUUUGCAAACGCAGAAGUUAUAUUGAGUGCAGGAACACUUGGGACCCCUCAACUUCUACUAAUAAGUGGCAUUGGCCCAGAAUCUUAUCUAUCAUCUUUGAAUAUCACAGUUGUUCGUGAUCAUCCUUUCGUUGGGCAAUUUGUUUAUGACAAUCCUCGUAAUUUCAUUAACAUUGUGCCUCCAAAUCCAAUAGAAGCCUCAAUUGUUACGGUUCUAGGCAUUACAGAUUAUUUCUACCAAUGUUCUCUCUCGAGCAUGCCACUUACUACUCCAGCCUACAGCCUUUUUCCCACUCCGUUGGUUGUAAAUUCAACUUUCACCCACAUUCCUAGCAAAAUUCCAGGACCUUUGUCUCAUGGUUCUCUCACGUUGAAUUCAUCCUCUGAUGUGAGAUUCAGUCCAAAUGUCAGAUUCAACUACUUCUUAGAUCCAACGGACCUUGCUCAUUGUGUUAGCGCCAUGAAAAAUACGGGUGAUUUAUUAAUGACAGACGCAUUAAAACCAUAUAAAGCCCAAGAUUUGCCGGGCAUGGAAGGCUUCAACUUUUUGGGACAACCAUUGCCAAAGAACCAAACAGAUGAUGCAUCCUUCGAAACAUUUUGUCGAGAUACAGUAGCCUCGUAUUGGCAUUACCACGGUGGAUGCCUUGUCGGGAAGGUGGUUGACUGCAGUUUCCGCCUUAAUGGGAUCUACGGAUUACGCGUUGCUGAUGCCACCCUAUUUCCUGCUGCACCAGCAAGCCACCCUCAGGUAUUCUAUUUGAUGUUGGGAAGGUACGUGGGACUUCAAAUUCUGAAAGAAAGGUCAACUUGGGGAAACUCACUAACUCGGCAUCAUCCUGUGCCUUUUAAACUUAAGUAAUAAUAAACCCAUGAGCUGUGGUUCAACUGGGAUUGGGGUUUGGCUCUUUCCAUUUCCCCAUGCUAUGCCAUGCACCUUUUUAUUGGAUGCCAAUUUACGAUUAGGCAACUAAUUAUAUCUUUUUUCUUAGGGAAGUAUUAUUGACACUCCAAAAAUCUCAUUAUACAAUCCUCACAAGUGUAUUUUUCUUUCUAAAUAUAGAAAGUUUGAAGUGUAGAAUAAGAAUUUUGGAGUGCCAAUAGCAAUUCUCUUUUCUUUAAGUGGAAAAUAAAGGGAACGACGCAUGGUCUGUGCGCGUCAGCUGUCAGGGACACACCUGUGGUAUGUGCGUGUGCGGGUCAACUAUCAGGUUUUUCUAUAUAUUUUAUCAUAGUAAUGUUAUUCAUACCAUGUUUUUGUACCACAUUUUCAUACCACCUUAGGUGGCAUUUGAUGUGGACAGCCAUAUCAUUUAAAUUAAUCAGAUUUUU